CGAAGGACUUCUCUCUGCUCUCUUCAAGUCCAAGGCGGUUUAACAGCGCUGGCCAAAUCCAGAGACAGUCGUAUUGUUAUGGAAGAAAGAACCUCCUGCAGUGCAAAAACAAAGCUUUCCUGUUAAAAUCAACAUGGAAGAUGAUAGGAUCAAUUUCAGUGUGAUUUCCUUGUUUUCAGCUAUAUUCGUCAUAUUUUUUUAACAAGGAUUUUGAAAGGUGGGAAAUGGAAGCAGCUACCUUCAAGAGUGAAGACUGUGCAUCUCAGUGGGCUGCAAAUGAUUCACCAGAUCAGCCAUUCACACAUAGCACAACUGAUGAAAAAGUGGGCUCUUCAUCUUCCUUAUGUCUAGGCUGGGUAAACAACAUAAGUGAUUCCUCCUCUGAACAGUUUACAUCCUUGCACACUUCUCCAAACAGCAACAUGCUGGGAAGAGAUAUUGGGUUUCCUGGUGACCUGGGCUACACUCAAGCCUUUCAGAAUGCUAAGCCAUACAAUUACUUGGCAAACUUUAUUUCCCCUUCUCAUUUAUUACCACCAACUCAGGCAGGAGUACUCCCUGCCAGGAAAAAUAAUGAAACCAUGGGAAUCCCAAGUUCUGCUGCUACUUCUCCUCUUUUGACAGCUCAGGAAGGCUUAUUUUGUCAAAACAAGGAACAGAGUCCAGGAGAGCAAGAACAGCUCAUGAUGCAUCGGAUGGAGCAACUGCAACGGCUAGUAACAGAACAGCAGAAAAUCAUUACAUUCUAUAAUCCAGGCUUUUCUGUUUCUCCUGGUAUUCCUCCCCACCUACUUGCUAUGAUCCCAUCCCUUCCAGGAGUCCCAGCUGCUUUAUUUCCGGCCCAACUCCCUCUGAAGAAUUCUUUACAGGUUCAGGACAAGAGAUGCUCACAAACCAACCCCUUAAUAAUGAAGUGUAACUUUCAGCAAUGUGUCACAAGAACGUCAGCAAACAGCAGCUUCCCAGUAGUUUCAAAGGAGCACCUUGAACCUCAUGAAACAGGAGCAAACAUGGAACCAUUAUCUCAAAGUCAUGAGACCUCCGCAGAUAAUCCUUCCAGACAAAACCCAGUGGAAGAGAAAAAUGCUGCAGUAAAAGGUGAUGAUGGGCACAUUUCUAGGUGA